CGGGGCCGGGCGGCCCAGGGCGAGAGGACACGGGCAAGAUGGCGGCGGCCCUGCGGCACCUGGCGCUGUGCGCCCGCCUCGCCCCGCGCGGCCGCAGCGCCGGGACCCCGCUCCAGCGGCUCCAGCAGCGCAGGGGCCUCCGCCUCUCCGCGCCCGCCGCCAUACAGGUGACGGUGCGGGACGCGCUGAACCAGGCGCUGGAUGAGGAGCUGGAGCGGGACGAGCGCGUCUUCCUGCUGGGCGAGGAGGUGGCACAGUACGAUGGCGCCUACAAGAUCUCCAGGGGUCUCUGGAAGAAGUACGGGGACAAAAGGGUGAUCGACACCCCGAUAUCCGAGAUGGGCUUUGCAGGAAUCGCUGUCGGUGCUGCUAUGGCAGGGUUGAGACCGGUGUGUGAAUUCAUGACGUUCAACUUCUCCAUGCAAGCGAUCGAUCAGGUGAUCAACUCCGCAGCCAAGAGCUGUUACAUGUCCGCCGGCUCCAUCUCGGUGCCCAUCGUGUUCCGCGGCCCCAACGGCGCCUCGGCGGGCGUGGCCGCCCAGCACUCGCAGUGCUUCGCAGCCUGGUACGGACACUGCCCCGGCCUCAAAGUCGUCAGCCCCUGGAGCUCAGAGGAUGCCAAAGGGCUGCUGAAAGCAUCCAUCCGGGAUGACAAUCCAGUUGUGAUGCUGGAAAGUGAACUACUCUAUGGUGUUCCCUUUGAAAUGUCUGAACAGGCACAGUCAAAGGAAUUUGUUAUUCCCAUUGGGAAAGCUAAAAUAGAAAAGCCAGGAACUCAUGUUACAUUAGUGGCACACUCAAGACCUGUUGGCCAUUGUUUGGAAGCAGCUGCUGUACUUUCUAAAGAAGGUGUAGAGUGUGAGGUCAUAAACCUGCGAACCAUUCGACCGAUGGACAUCGAAACCGUGGAAGCCAGCGUGGUCAAGACAAACCAUCUGGUAACUGUGGAAGGAGGCUGGCCCCAGUUUGGAGUGGGAGCUGAAAUCUGUGCCAGGAUCAUGGAAGGACCUGCCUUUAACUACUUGGAUGCUCCAGCUGUCCGUGUCACCGGUGCUGAUGUCCCCAUGCCUUACGCAAAGAUCUUAGAGGAUAACAGCAUACCUCAAGUGAAGGAUAUAGUAUUUGCAGUGAAAAAAGCUUUGAAUAUAUAAAUUGUAAAUAGAAGUUUUAAAAUCCUGCUCUACAAGGCAUUCUUGGUGUUGGGCACGUUGUAUGCAUAAUUUCUGUUGUAUAAGCUCCAUGAUCUUUUGUACAGUGGGGAAAGUAUAGUGACCUCCCAAAAUAUUUAUAUGGGGUUACCCCCCAAGCCACACUUCCUGUAUGCAACAAUGUGGUAAUGCUUGUUUGUUCAACAGUACAGCCGGGUUAGUGCAACUGUUUGUGGAGAAACCCUUUUCUAAAUUCAGAGAGAAGGAAAAAUCCUCUGGUUUUGCUUGCCUUGUAAGUACCAGAGGAGCUGUGUUGAAGCUGCUGCAGCAGUGAUUGAGUACAGAGCUGCAGAGAGCAAGAGCAGGCCUUGAAUGCUGUACAGCUGCAGGAGCCUGUGGCUGCAAGGCUCCUUAAAGAGGAAUGAUCAGGCUGAUCACUGGAGCCCAGCCUGUCAGUGCAGCAGUUCACUGCAGCUCUGAGCAGAGGCUGUGGCAGCCCAGGGGCUGGGUUAAGAGAUGGUGGCUGUGUCUGGUUUGAAGAGCACUCUGCACAUGCAGAAAGGCUUCUGUACAAGAGCUGAAAUAAAGAUCCUGAACCUUU